GCAGGGGGCGGUAGAAGUCGUGAAGGGUUUUAAUCUACGGAGUUUCUGAAAGAGAAGAAGUAUCCCUGCCAAACCUCGUGAAGCGGGAACUGGCAGGUUUUCCAAAAUGGACUGGGCUCAGGAUGAGUUGCGGUCUCCGGUGGUCCUUGAUGGGGAGGUGACGGUCGCCGCCCGCAGGAGGAAGAAGGUGGCCUUCCCGUCACCAGGCAGCAGCCCCGUCGUUCCCUCGUUGACGCCGGCCCGCUCGCUGCAGAGAAACACCCCCGCAUCCCUGUUCAGACAGGCUGUCACCCCCAGAGUUCUAGACGUCUCCUCCAUUUUUGCUCCCGGAUCUCGGACGCCUCGAUACGCGCACACGCCCAGAAAUGCACUCAGCAGCGCGAAUUUGGAGGACAGCGCCUGGACCAACAGCAUCACUUCCCCCGCCGUCGGACUGGACGACAGCAGCUUCUUCUUAGACGACGAGGCGAACCUGAGCUCAGCGCUGCUGAAGGAGGACGACCCCGGGGAGGCAGCGGCUGCAAGUCUUUUCCCAGAAUUCCUGGCCUCCUUUUUAAAACACUCUUCCUCCGCUGUGUUUGAGCUGCUGGGGGAUUAUCAGAACAUCUGCCAGGAGAAAGUGAAUGUGCUGCAGUCUCUGGUGCUGAGAGCGGGUCAGAACAGUAAAACAGCGAGUGUCCGCUGGCUGCUGCAGCAGGAGAACUGCACCUGGAGGCUCAUCUCGUCUCUCUACAGAGAUCGGGUCCAGUUGGCGUUAGAAGAGGACAUGAUGACAGACAUCGUGGUUCCCAGUGAGAGUGAGAAGGUCGUCGUUGAGCAGCUUUUCCAGCGAGAUGCCAUCAUCCGACAGAGCCAGCUGGUUGUUGAUUGGCUAGAAAGCAUCGCCAAGGAUCAAAUUGGAAAUUUCUCUGAUAACAUUGAAUACUAUGCCAAAAAUGUUUGCUGGGAGAACACGCUGCACGCGCUGAAGAUGAGGCGCAAAAGCGGCUCCAACUUCCUGGUUCCUCUUGUCACAGAGCUGGAUCCAGAUGCUCCUCUCCGGCAGCAGCGCCCCCUGGCAGAUCUGGAUAGAGAGGACGACGCUCGACUGCUGAAGAACCUUUUCACACUGAUCCGGGCGGGAAUGACUGAUGAGGCUCAGAGGCUGUGUAAACGCUGCGGUCAGGCCUGGAGAGCAGCAACUCUGGAGGGCUGGAAGCUCUACCAUGAUCCCAACAUGACCUCAGGAAGCUCUGAGCUGCAGCCUGUUGAAGGAAAUCCACACAGAGGGAUCUGGAAAGCCUGCUGCUGGAGGAUGGCUGAGGAGGAGCAGCUGAACAGAUACGAGAGGGCGAUCUACGCCAGCCUGAGCGGAAACAUCAAACCGAUCCUGGCCGUGUGCGAGUCGUGGGAGGACUGCGUGUGGGCGUACUUCAAAGUCAUGGUGGACUCGCUGGUUGAAAAGGAGCUCACGUCAUCAGGCAUGGCACACCAGGAGCUGGAGACACUACCGCGGGAAUAUCUGGAGGCAAAUUGGACCAUGGAGAACGUGUUUGAGGAGCUUCAGGCAUCAGAGUCAAAGAGAGUGUUGGACGAGAUCAAAGAGCAUCAUCACGUCAUCCAGAAGUUUGUGAUUCUCGGCGACCUGGACGGUCUAAUGGAAGAGUUUUCUGAUUGGCUGAUGGCCUCUAAGCCCCUCCCUUUCCAUCUGCUGCGUUUUAUGACUCACCUGGUCUUGUUUUUCCGCUCUCUGGGUUUGGCAUUAAAGGAGGAAGUGUGCGUCGAUAUGCUGAAAGCUUACAUCUCACUUCUGAUCCGGGACCAGCAGACGCACCUCGUGGCGAGCUACGUGGGCCAGCUUCCCGCUGAGCUGGCCACCACUCAGUACGCCGCUUUCCUGGAGACGGUCAGCCAGCCAGAGCUCCGCCCUCAGUGCCUGCAUCUCGCCACAGAAGCAGGUCUGGACGUCUCUGCGAUAACCAAGCUGGUGGUGGAGACGGUACGAGGGAGAGACGAUGCAGAUUUCACACACCACAGCCAGACACUGGAGACAGGAACCACAAAGGAGGACCAGAAAAAGAUCGACGUCAUCGACUGGCUGCUGUUUGACCCAUCCCACCGAUCUGAGGCCCUGAAGCAGUCCAACGCCAUCAUGAGGAGAUUUUUGGCUCUGCAGAAACAUGAUGCAGCGAAGGCGGUUUUCUCCAAAGUUCCAGAGGAUUCAAUGAGCGAGAUUUACUCGCAGUGGAAGGGCAUUGGUCAGACCGCUCCCCUACCUGCAGAGGAUGAGAACGCCAUCAGAGAGCACCUGUGCAUCAGAGCUUACCUGGAAGCCCACGAGGCGUUCACUGACUGGUUCGGCCACAGCAGCUCUGCACCACAGAAGCCAGCGUUUGCUUCAGAGGCCAAAUUCACAGAGAGAGUCGCUAAUGAGAUGAAAGAGAAGGAAUACCAGGCCACCAUGGCUGCCUGGUCGAGCCGCCUCGAUGUCCUGACUGAAGAUGUGAAAGAGAGAAUCUACAACGUGUUGCUGUUUGUAGAUGGAGGAUGGAUGGUCGACAACAGAGAGGAGUCUGAGCCAGACGAAGAGCGGAGCCACCAGAUGGCAGCAUUGCGCUCUCUGUGUCUCCCCCGCCUCACCUUUCUUCUGCUCAGCGUGCUGCAGAGCUCCUCCCGGCACCAGGAGGCGCUGCGACUCGCUGACAUAAUCUCAUCUGACCAGCAUAAACUUUACCAGGUUUUCUCUAAGGAGGAGCUGAGAAGGUUUCUUCAGAAGUUGCGGGAGUCGUCCCUGGCGCUGCUGGAUCAAGGACUAGACCCACUGGGCUACGAACUACAGCCGUGAUCUUAUUGAAAUUAAAUGCACAGAAAUUGAAAACAUUGUUUAAAUAACUGGUAUGUUUAU